CGCUGCCAGUUCACAUGACCACAGGCAGACUGACAGCCGCAGACAUGGUUUAACCAAACUGCUCGACCAAAAACUAAAACAAUCAUUAUUUUUAGUCUGCAGGACCUGGUCGCCAGGAGCUGACCCACCUGCGUGGAAAACAACCCACGAAGCAGGAAACGUGUGCAUGAACUGGAUCAAAGAGAUGCCAGUCAUCCGGUGCCUUGUCCUGCUGUUGAUCGCCUGCUUUGGGUUUUUAGAUCGCAUUCAGGCGGUAACUCUAGAGGUGAAGGUUGGGAACUCCACCUGCAUCAAAGCUGAGCUGUCUGCCUUGCUCUCCAUCACAUACACCACCUCCAACAGCACAAGUAAUGUGUCCAUCUCUCUGCCCGACUCCACCUCAGUCGAUGCAGGAAGCAGCUCGUGCGGAACAGACGGCCGCCCGCCGUGGCUGGUGGCGGUGUUUGGAUCGGGCCACGCGCUCGGACUGAGCUUCUCAACAAACGGGAGUUUUUAUAACGUCACUGACCUGACGCUGCAAUACAACCUGAGUGACACUUUACUCUUUCCUGAGGCCAACGGUUCUGGUGUAGUAACUGUGAUGAGCACUUCAGUCGGGAUCUGGGCUCCCAUCAACACCACCUACCGCUGUGCGAGUCCCACCACCAUCAGAGCUGGAGGAGCUGCUGUCACCUUCUCUGAGAUGAGACUGGAGGCAUACAUGCCAGGAAAUGACCUCAGCCCAGCAGAAAGUGUGUGUGCAGCUGAUCAGACCACUACUGCGGCUCCCCCUACUUCUGCCAGCACCACUGUUAGGACUACGACAGCAGCUCCAGGUCCGACUCCUCCGGGAACGCCUCAAACCGGAACGUUCUCUGUGAGAAACGGCAGUGGUGACGUUUGUCUCCUUGCUAAAAUGGGUCUGCAGCUCAAUGUCUCCUACGUCUCCCAGUCUCAAAAUAAGACUGUUCAAGAAUUAUUCAACAUGAACCCCAACCUGACGGCUCCAUCGGGGUCAUGUGGAAGCAGCACUGCUACCUUAGUGAUAACACAACAAGCCACCACUCUCAGUUUCACCUUCUCUAUGAACCUGACAACUAGCCAGUACCACUUAAGCGGGAUAAACCUGUUGGCCAACUGGUCGGAUAUGAGCGCUCCCUUCUCAGCCAGUAACUCCAGUCUGGACUACCUUCCGAGUAAACUGGGCCACUCCUACAUGUGCAACACAGAGCAAACUCUGCUGGUGGUUCCAGAUUUCUCCAUCAACACAUUCAGACUGCAGGUGCAGCCCUUUGGAGUCACAGCCGGACAGUUUUCUGCAGCUGAGGAAUGUCAACUGGACCAGGAUCAGAUGUUGAUCCCCAUCAUCGUUGGAGCAGCUCUGGCUGGUCUGGUGCUCAUCGUCCUCAUUGCGUACCUGAUAGGCAGGAAGAGGAGCCAUGCUGGGUACCAGACCAUCUGAGGAGGGCUUUAUUUAACCUUCUAGAUGGAGUGCUGGAAGGAAACAGUGUGUGGAUGCGUAAAGGACAGUGGAGUGUUUAAAAAAAAAAAAAAGUUUUUGCAUGUUCCUUUCCUUUUUUGUGUGGGUGAUAAAACGUGAACUACCUGCGGACAUAGAUGCUUAUGAUGGAGAAAGUCUGCUCACCUCUUGGCUUAUUUCGUCACAGGGUGAAAUAUAAAGAGGCAGCCACAGUCAAACGGACAGUAAGAGCUUAAACUACCUAAAGUUAACCAGAGAUUUACUCUUUCCAAGGUUGGUCUGUUUUCUUUUCUUCAUGCUCUUUGAUGAAAAGAGAAAUCUUUGGUCUCGUUUCAUGAAAGGUGGACAUUAUUGGAUGUUUUGACCUGGUGUUAUAGCACCCCUUCUUCCUGGCUAUAAAUUACAUAUUUAGGGGUGCAGGAUUUUUUAAAAGCACAGUGAAGUUAGAAAAAGAGCCAGAAGUUAAAACAGGAAGAAUUUCUCUAUCUUCUUCACAUAAACCACCAUUCUCUGCUUCUUUUUUUUUCUGGGUUCUCAAUCUUGCAAAUAAAGGAUGUGAUUUUACACAAAUCUAUCCAUGUUCAGCAGAACGCUCUGGUACAUAGAAGCUCUUUGUUUGCUGGAAGGAUGUCCUUCUCUUUACAGCUUAGAUUGACAAUCAGCUCUGUUUAACAAGCUUUAAACAUUUGAUCAU